AUGAAUUUUUUUUUAUUUUUUAGGAACAUUUUUCUUUUAAAUACUAUCAUUUUCAUUUUAAACCAGUAUAUAAAAAGGAAAGACUAUGGUUCCCGUUUUUUCAUAUUUUCUUUAAAAAUAAAAAGUUCAAAAGAGGAAUUUACAAAAAAUGUUCAUCGAAAGGCAACGAAUACAAAAGAGGACAAAAGUGCGUAUAAAAAUGAGAAGAAAGAAAUUCCUUAUAGGAAUAAUAAUAAAAGGAAGGAUAAAAAUAAGAAAGGAAAUGAUAAUAAGAAAAUAUUAGAAAAAGGAUUAAAAGAUACUAAUAGUAAUAUAAAAUCUUCUACGAGUAGUAAUACUAUAAGUAAUGUUAGUAGUAAGUUAAGUGAUAAUAGUAAUAUUAGUAAUACUUUUACAAAUAUUAAAAUACAAAAAUUAAAAGAUAAGCAUAACAAAAAAAAUAGUGAUAUUAAAAAUGUAUCUACAGAUAAGAAAAAAGAAAAUGAUAAUAAUAAAAAAAAUAAUAAUAAUAAAAAAAAUAAUAAAAAAAUACCUAUUAUUUAUAUACCUUUUAAUGAUAUUAAAAAUUCUCCUUAUAUAAGAGGUAAGUUAAAGUUAGUUUAUGUUAAAUCAUUUUAUGAAGAAUGUCAAAAAGAAUUAUAUGAAGCAAAAUUUCAAUUUUUUAAAAAUAAUAAAAUUUAUAUAUCAACAUUUGCAGUAGUUAAAAAUACGCUUAGUGAAAAUAUAGACCAAACCGAAAAAUGGGUAACCGCUGAUAUGAAAAUCUUACAAAAAAAUUCUUAUAAUAUAUCUGUAACAUGUAAUGAUUCCCAUGAAAAACAAAUACAAGAUAUAUCUUUUACAAAGCAAGAGAAAGAAGAAUUUGAAUUAAUGAGAAAAAGUUUAAAAAAUGUAGUUAAUAUAACUUAUGAUCAUUUUCUUUAUAAUAUAGACACUUUUUAUAAUGCUAAGAGGAAAUAUUUAGAAUAUAUUAAUUUCUUUUUUAGGAAUCCUCAUAUUAAAAGUAAUAUGGAUAUCAAAAAAAACAUUUCAUCAAAUAUUACUAUACAAAAGGAUAAUAUACUAUUAAAACGUUUGGGAUCGUUUAAUAAAACGAAAUAUAUUUUAUUUAGAAGGAUGCAAAGAAAUAAUAGAAUUAUGUGUAUGGUUCUAACUGACCCCAAAAGAUUGGAAAAUCGUUUUAUCCUGUACAACAUGUUAAGGGAUCAUAUAAUCGAGAAGGAAGGAUUUAAAGACGUUAUCAUAUUUGAAACGGAUGAUAACAAUAUUUAUAAUUAUGAUUCGAAAUUAUCUAAGGAUAUUCGAAUUUUAAGUAAUAAAUUUGAGUUUGAAAUUUUAAUGGAUGAACAUGCUUAUAUAAAUAAACCUUAUGAAUAUUUCUAUUUAAAUAAAUACAUACCUGUACAUUUUGAAUUACAAAAUAAGGGUAUUAUAAAUUAUAAUAAUAUAUUUUCUUGGUUAUGUGAACAUUUUAUUAAUAAUUCUCAAUACAAAUAUUAUUAUCCUCAUUUUUAUCUUUCUAAACAUUCUGAUAAAAAUGAUAUGGGCAUACGUAAUAUAAGUUUUUACCAGAAAGAAGAUGCUUAUACUUUUAUAGAAAACAAUAAAAAGAAUAUAAAUAAGAAUGAUAAAUGUAAAACAUAUGAUACAUGUGAAAAAGAUGAUACAUAUAGGACAGAUAAAAAAAGUAAACUAAAAAAUAUUAAUAGAAUAUAUAACACCAAAUAUGCAUUGUCAAAAAAAAAAAAUAGAAACCAUAAGAACAAUGAAAUAAAUAAUAUAUGUUCCCAUAAAAAAGAAGAAAAACAUAUGUUUAAUAAUUAUAAUAUAAGUUAUAAUAAUAUGAAAUAUAUAAAUAAACACAAUAAAUUUUCAUUUCUAGAAUUAAAAGAAAAGUUGAAAAGUGAUAAUAAUGAAAGGGAAGAUAAAAAAAAGAAAGAUGAAUCAUUUGAAAAAAAUGAAACCCAUCUAAUGAACAAUGAUGAUAAUAAUAUUGGUGAUGAUGAAUUUAAUUCUGAAGUAAAUAAUGAUAAUAAUGGCUCAUAUGAAAGUAACUUUUUUUAUGAUAUGAUUAACGAAAUAUCUAACAAAAUUGAAAAUUCGGAUUCAUACUUAAAUGAAGAAGAUAUCUAUUGGGAUGAUGAUAUUUUUUUUGAUACUAAUGAAUAUAUAGAUGAUACUAGUACUAUUACUACUAGUACUAAUAAUAAUAAUAUUAGAACUGAUCAAAAUGGAGACAAUAAAAAAGAUGAUUCUAACAAAGACAUUAUAAGUAUACAAAAGGUAAAUGAUUCAACUGAGGUAAAUGAAUCUAAUAAAAUUGAUGAUACGAAAAAAGGUGAAAGUUACACUUUAAAUAAUAUUAAGGGAUAUAUAACAAAAUUUAAAGAUUUCAUUCAAAAUAAAUCAGAAAGUUAUGUGACUACUAAGAAUAAAAGUAUUGACGAUAAAAGUAGUGAUGAUCAAAUUAGUGAUGAUAAAAUUAAUGAUGAUAAAAGUAGUGUUGAUCAAAUUAGUGAUGAUAAAAUUAAUGAUGAUAAAAGUAGUGUUGAUCAAAUUAGUGAUGAUAAAAGUAGUGAUGAUAUCAAAUUAAAUGAAGAACAAACUUCGGGAGAUCAAAAUGACUUAUCUGAUAAUAAUGAAAAUAACCAAGAAACUAUAACCAGUGAUGAUACAUUAGAAAAAGGAAAAUUAGAUAAUAGUAACAUGGGUGAUAGUGACGAAAAAUUAAAAGAUGAUAUGAAAAAUAAUGAACAUGAAAAUUUAUCAGCAGAAAAUGUACCUUCUGAUGAAAAUACAAUCAAUGAUAAAACAAAAGAAGGCAGUACAACUUUAAAAACUGCUAUGGGAUAUAUUACAAAAUUUAAAGAUUUUAUUCAAAAUAAAUCAGAAAAUUAUAUGACCACUAAGGAUAAAACUAGUGAAGACAAAAUUAAUGAUGAUAAAAGUAGUGAUGAUAAAAUUAAUGAUGAUAAAAUUAGUGAUGAUAAAAUUAGUGAUGAUAAAAUUAGUGAUGAUAUCAAAUUAAAUGAAGAACAAACUUCGGGAGAUCAAAAUGAUUUGUAUGAUAAUAAUAAAGAUAAGGAAGAAACUAUAUCUAGUGAUGAUACAUUAGAAAAAGGAAAAUUAGAUAAUAGUAACAUGGGUGAUAGUGACGAAAAAUUAAAAGAUGAUAUGAAAAAUAAUGAACAUGAAAAUUUAUCAGCAGAAAAUGUACCUUCUGAUGAAAAUACAAUCAAUGAUAAAACAAAAGAAGGCAGUACAACUUUAAAAACUGCUAUGGGAUAUAUUACAAAAUUUAAAGAUUUUAUUCAAAAUAAAUCAGAAAAUUAUAUGACCACUAAGGAUAAAAAUAGUGAAGACAAAAUUAGUGAUGACAAAAGUAGUGAUGAUAUCAAAUUAGAUGAAAAACAAAAUGCGGGAGAUCAAAAUGAUUUGUAUGAUAAUAAUAAAGAUAAGGAAGAAACUAUAUCCAUCGAUGAUGCAUUAGAAAAAGGAAAGUUAGAUAAGAGUAACUUGAGCGAUAAUGAAGAAAAAUUAGAUGUUAGUAAUGUGAAAAAUAGUGAAGAUGAAAAUUUAUCAGCAGAAAAUGUACCUUCUGAUGAAAAUACAAUCAAUGAUAAAACAAAAGAAGGUAGUACAACUUUAAAAACUGCUAUGGGAUAUAUUACAAAAUUUAAAGAUUUCAUUAAAAAUAAAUCAGAAAAUUAUAUGACCACUAAGGAUAAAAAUAGUGAUGACAAAAGUAGUGAUGAUAUUAAGUUAAAUGAAGAACAAACUUCGGGAGAUCAAAAUGAUUUGUAUGAUAAUAAUAAAUAUAAGGAAGAAAUUAUAUCCAUCGAUGAUACAUUAGAACAAGGAAAGUUAGAUAAGAGUAAUAUGAGUGAUAAUGAAGAAAAAUUAGAUGUUAAUCAUGUGAAAAAUAGUGAAGAAGGAAAUUUAUCAGCAGAAAAUGUACCUUCUGAUGAAAAUACAAUCAAUGAUAAAACAAAAGAAGGUAGUACAACUUUAAAAACUGCUAUGGGAUAUAUUACAAAAUUUAAAGAUUUUAUUCAAAAUAAAUCAGAAAAUUAUAUGACCACUAAGGAUAAAACUAGUGAAGACAAAAUUAAUGAUGAUAAAAGUAGUGAUGAUAAAAUUAAUGAUGAUAAAAUUAGUGAUGAUAAAAUUAGUGAUGAUAAAAUUAGUGAUGAUAUUAAGUUAAAUGAAGAACAAACUUCGGGGGAUCAAAAUUAUUUAUCUGAUGCUAAUAAAGAGAAGGAAAAAAUUAUAUUCAGUGAUGGUACAUUAGAAAAAGGAAAUUUAGAUAAGAGUAACAUGAGUGAUAGUGAAGGAAAAUUAGAUGGUAACCAUAUGAAAAAUAAUGAAGAUGGAAAUUUAUCAGCAGAAAAUGUAUCAUCUGAUGAAAAAAAAAUUUAUGAUAAAUCAAAAGAUGACAUUUUUUUAGAUGACAAAUUAAAAGGGAACCAUUUUUUAGAUGACAAAUUAAAAGGUGAAAAUUUUAUAGUUGACAAUUUAUCCUAUAAUAGCAAUUUCUAUUCGCGUAAAAAAUCAUUUUCUACUGAUAACUUAGCAACGGUUAAAAAAGCCUCACCUGGUGAAUAUUUAUCAGAUGAUGAACAAUCAGAAAACGAUUCUAUAUUUAGAUCUCUUGAAGAUAGUUCAUUUGAUAAUGAAAUUGGUUCAUUUUAUCAAAGAAGACCAGAGGGAUAUUUUUCAAACGAUAAAAUGUAUGAUAGCGAUGAUGAAUCAUUACCUAAACCCCAAACCAAUGAUCUAUUAGCUUUAAAAGGAAAACCGAAACAUGAAGAUAUAUCACCUUCUGGUGAAGAAUUACAAUAUGAUACAUGUUCUACACACAGUAACAUAUCAGAUGUACACUCAGAACCCAUAAUUAGUCAAAGAGAUAGAAAUUUCCAAGAUGUAACAAUUCAAAAUAAUAUUAAUUCAAAUAGUAAGGAAACACAAUCUGUUGGUGAUGACAUAAAGACAUAUGAUAUCCACGAGAAUAGUAAUAAAUCAAAUUUUGUUAUAGAUGAAGAUAAAAAGAAUGGAAAGGAAGAAGAUUUAAAUACAUAUAAAUCAUUAAGUUUCUUACCCAAAAAAAUGGUUGUGGGACAAAUUGUACAAGAAUGGGAAGAUAUGUUUAUAAUAGAUUGGUUAUUAGGUGAUGAUAUUUUUUGUGUAAUUAAAUUAGAGUUUUUUGACAAAUCAAUUAAUAAGAAAAUAGAAAUGGAAUAUCUUAAAGUUUUAAAUGGUUUCACUUUAGUUGAUAAUAAAAAAUUACCUAUAAUACAUACAGGUAAAAAAGAAUUAACUGUCAAGGCUAAUAUUUUUCCAUAUUAUUCAGAUAUACGAUUUUUUUAUCAUAACGAAAACAUUGAUAAUUCUGUUGUUCAUACUUAUAAUAAUGAAAUAUUUGAAAAUGAAUUAAAAUCAUAUUUAUUAUUAGUACAUCAUUUAAUAAAUGCUAGAAAUAGUCCUUGUAGAAAUUAUAAGAAUGUAAAAUAUUUUUAUAAUGAAGAUACUUUUAAUUUAUCUCAUAUAAAUUUUAUUAGUAAUAAAAUGUUGUCUAUUACGUACGAAUGUGCUUUACAAGUUUUGAACUGGGAAAUUCCAUAUGGAAUUGUAAAAAAAAAUGAUAAUUGUAUAAGUAAAUUUGUUUUUAAUAAUUUACAACAUAAAAUAAAUAAAGAUAUAUAUCCUUAUGCAAUACAAAUUAAAAAAUUAGAUAUAAAUAAUUCCAUAGAUUUUGCUAUGGAUAAUCGUGAAUUCAUACAAAAUUAUGUUGAUUUAAAAUAUGAUAUACUCUUAAAAACAAGCUCUAAAUUAUUUACUUUACAUACAUUAGGUCUAGUACACUCAAAUAUUAAAGCAGACAAUUUUUUAAUUGAAUAUUUAAAUAAAGAAUAUUAUGAAUUAUAUAUAUAUUUAAAAAAUUUUAAUAAUAUAGUUGAAGAAGGAAAAUGUAAUAAUUUUAAAGGAAGUUCCGUGUAUAUGGCACCUGAAAAAUUAAAAACUUAUUUCUACCAUAUCGUAAAUAAAUUUAAAAGUGAUGUUUUUUCAUUAGGUCUAAGUUUAUCAACAGUUUUAAUUGAAAAUGGUUUCUUUUUAAAAAGUGCUGCAAAAAGAAAAAUAUCAUUAUCAUUAGAUAAAUAUGCAUUAAAUAUAAUAAAAAGAAAUCCAAUGGUUUAUCUAUGGAUUAAAUCAUCAAAUCCAUUUAAGAAAAAGAGAUUUGAUAAGUCUAAACAUAGAUCAUAUAAAAAGGUAUCUGUACACAUUAUGGAGAAAUUAUUAUCUAAUAAAUAUGUAUAUAAAUGGAUUCAUAAUAGAUCCCCUUCUUUUGAUUAUGCUCAAGCUGAAAAACAUAUGCAACUUUUAGAAAAGCACGUUCCUCAACAAUUCAUUACAAAGGAAAGUAAUAUUAAAAUUAAUAAAAUAGAAGAUAAUAAAAAUGUAUACAAUCAAAAUAUUCAAAAUAAAAUUACAUAUGACAAAAAUAUGGAGCAAACAAGUGAAAAACAUAAUAUUACCAUGAAUAAGAAGCGUGAAAGGGUGAAUUUCGUGGAUGCGUGUACUGUACAUUCUGAGGAUACAAAAAAAAAUCAAGACACUUUUAAUUUCCCAUCAAAAAAAAAACACGUAUAUUUACUAGAUAAAGAAAAAAAGGAUUAUGACUCUACAUUAGGUAUGAAUAUUGAAGUAUCCUUUUCUCAAUUAUCCACAAUUUCGGAUCAUAGUACAAAACAGAAUAAUGUUAUUAAUAAAAAUGAUAUAAAAGAAAAUUCAGGUGAUAUAAAAGAAAAUUCAGGUGAUAUAAAAGAAAAUUCAGGUGAUAUAAAAAAGAAUUCAAGUGAUAAAAAAAAGAAUUCAGGUGAUAAAAAAAAGAAUUCAGGUGAUAUAAAAAAGAAUUCAAGUGAUAAAAAAAAGAAUUCAAGUGAUAAAAAAAUUAAUUCAGGUGAUAAAAAAAUUAAUUCAGAUGAUAUAAAAAAGAAUUCAGAUGAUAUAAAAAAGAAUUCGGAUGAUAUAAAAAAGAAUUCAGGUGACAAAAAAAAAAAUUCAGGUGAUAUAAAAAAGAAUUCAGGUGACAAAAAAAAAAAUUCAGGUGAUAUAAAAAAGAAUUCAAGUGACAACAAUAUAAAAAAUGGUGACAACAAUAUAAAAAAUGGUGAUAAUAAUAUAAAAAAUGGUGAUAAUGAUAUAAAAAAUGAUGAUAAUAAUAUAAAUAAUGGUGAUAAUGAUAUAAAAAAUGAUGAUAAUAAUAUAAAAAAUGGUGACAAUAUAAAAAAUGGUGAUAAUAAUAUAAAUAAUGGUGAUAAUAAUAAUAAUAAUAUAGAAAAAACAGAACCAAUAAAAAGAAAAGGAAUAUUAAAAAAAAGUCCCUCCGAUAGUAACAGUGAGAAUGAUUUAAAGGAUUUAAUAAAUCGAAUAAAAAUGAAAUAUUUUAACGAGUCCUGUAGAAAUAUAAAAAAUUCAAUUGUUGGAACAAUAAUGAAAAUAUUUUCAAUUGAAUAUGAAAAAUAUAGACCUGAUAUAUUUGAUAUAUAUUCUCUUAUUAAAAAAGAUAUAACAUAUAUUAAAGAUAAAGAUGAUAAUGUGAAAAAUCUUUUAACUAUAUUACAAAAAAUUAGAGAACCUGAUAUGGUAUCUAUAUUAAAACAAAAAAUAAAUGGAAGUGAUUAUAUUAUGUAUAAAAUGGUUAUACUAAAAGCUUUAUUAUUUUAUGGUUAUUUUACUCUCUAUGAAAGGUUAUCAUAUGAAUUUAAAAUAUAUGAACAUCAAAUUUUUCCGUUAAGAGAAAAUAAUGAAGAUACGUUUGGAACGAUUAUAGAGAGAUGUAUGCAUAGAUUUAAUUUUAAUGAAUGGAGUAAUUUAUUAAUAGUUCAACAUAUUUAUAAUAAUUAUAUGAGCAAAAAAAAAUAUACUAAUUUGUAUAUAAAUUUGCAUAUUUUAAAUAUUAAACCUAAUGAUGAGAAAAAAAAAGAAAUGGAGGAAUUGUAUGAUAAACAUAUGACAGAAGUUUUUAAAGAUAUUGAUUAUAAUGAUAAUUUUAAUAAUUUUUUAUUAUAUAUGAAAAAGGAAUCAGAAGAUAUAUCGAAUACAUUAAAAGAGAAAAAUAAUAUGAAAACCGGAUGGGACAAUUUUCAUAUUAAUUAUGAUGAUAUUUAUGAUAAACAUGAUGAAAAAGAUUUAUCAUUAAUUCGUAAAACAAUCUUAAAAUUAGACAAUUCUGUAAUUAGAGAUAUGAAUAUAAAUUUGGCUAUCCUACUAAAUGAUAUGUUUUGGAAACAUAAAAAUAGAUGUAAAGGAGUUAAUUAUAAUCAUAUGAAAGUAAAAUAUGCAGAUAAUACUAUAAAAGAAUUUAACAUACAAAAAAACCCUAUAAUAGAUUUACAUAAACCUAUAGGAAGUAUAGUAAAAGGUUUAAUAAAAAACGACGAUAUAAUGAUUUCAAAGGGUCAUACAAAUAUUAAUACAUUAGAUUAUAUAAUACCUAUUAAUAUACAUUUAGAUGUUAUUCUUCAAAAUAGUCUACAUUUUGUAUAUACUAGUACAUUAAUAAAAUGUGCAGAAAAAAUGGAUAAGAAAGGUAUAAUAUAUCAUCGAGAUAUUACAUAUAAUAGAAAAAAAGAAACUAUUAAAAUAAAAAUAGGUUUAAUUUCCAAUAGUUAUUUUUAUUUAAAUGUUGAUAUAUCAUAUUUAAGAUAUCAUGAAAUUACAUUAAAAGAUAUAAUAUAUUUUAUAUAUAGGAAUUAUAAAUCUGAACUUAAUAAAAGUGUUCGUUCAAAUAUUGAAAAAAGAAGUUUUUUAUUUUUUGAUUGUUUAUUAGUUAAUGAAUAUAAUACAUUCUUUUAUAAUAAUUCAACAAAGAAGCUAAUUAAAGAAACAUCAUUUAAUAAACUUAUAUCUCAAUUAUAUAAUAUAAAUUUAAAUGAUCCAGAAUAUAUUAUUAAAUCUACAAUUAAUUAUUAUAACCAUCGAAAAUCAAAUAUGCCUUUAAUAAGCUUAGUAACUAUAUCUCAUACUAUACAUGAAAGAUGGAAUGGAAUAAAGAAACAAACAGAUUAUAUAUUACAACCAUCUAUUAAUAAUUAUUCCGAUGAAUAUAAUGAAGAGUUAAUUGAUCCAAGUAAAUUAAAAUUUAAAAAUCCUUCAUUAAAUAUAAAAGAAAAUAUGAAUAGGAUAAUAAUGAGAAAUAGAUAUGAAGGAUAUCAAUAUAGACUAGUUAAAUGCUUUGACUUUUUACAUAAAAAAAAUAUUAGUUAUUAUAAAGAUCAACAUACAACAAACUUGUUUGAUCAAAUAAUAAUACCAGCAGUUUUUAUACAUUUAAAAAAUGAUGACAUUUCAAAAAUUAAUAUAAAACUAGCAUUAGAACAUAGAAAAAUAAAAUUUAAUAUUAUAACAGAUAUAAUGAAUUUACAAAUAUAUGAAAAUCAAAUUUUUACUCUAACGGACUUUAUGUAUCUAAUAUUUAGAUGGUUAGAAACAUAUAUAUCAUUUAAUGAUAGAGAUCAUUGUACAUUUUUAACUGAUCGAACUCAAAUAUCCCAGUAUGAUCUGGUAUUAAGCAUAGAAACAGGAAAAGAUAAAAUAAAUAUUUUAUAUAAAAAUAAUGAAGGUGUGAUCAAAUUUAUAUUUCAAAACAUUUUAAAAAAUCAUCAAGUAAAUCAAUAUACAUCAGAAUUUUUAAUGUCAGCAAUUAAACUAAACAAAUUGAAAUUAUUUUUUGUAUUAAAGGAUGAAUUAAAGUAUAUAUUUCCCGAUAUACCUGAAGGGUUAUAUUUUCAUUUAAAGGAAAGUAAUUAUAAAAUUAUCAACUGCCUAAAAUAUUUAGACGGCAAAAAUGUCAAACUACUAGAGAAUAACAUUUAUGACGAUUCAUAUGUUCCUGUGAAAAUAAAAUUCAUGAACGUUACUGUUAUAUAUAGAAUAAAAAAAGAUAAUUUUAAAAAUAUCAUAUAUAAUUUUACUAAAUAUGAAGUUCUAAAACAUUAUGGGAAACAAUUAUUUACACGUUUUAUAUCCCCUAUAAAUGAUAUUGAAAAUAAAUUUAGAUAUUUAUUUUUAAGAGAUUUAAGUUAUUAUAUAGAUAUUCCAAGAGAUAUAAAAAGAGAUAAAGAUGAUUUUAUGGUGUCUAUGGAUUCAAAUGUGUAUAAUGCCUUAAAUGAAAAACAUAAUAUUUAUAUGAAUAAUUAUUCUUCUAUUAUUGAAAAGAUGAUUACUUAUAUGAACGUAACAUAUACAGAACCCGUGUUUAUAGUCUGUGUUGUAAAACAUACUGUUUUGGGCUCAAAGAUACAGUUACUUCUUAGAGAGAUGAAAUAUAACAUAACAAGUUAA